UCCGACUGCGGCGGUGUCCCUGAACGCCUCAGAGGCAGUGACACGUUCCGGGGCGGGAACUCUCAGGCGGAUGUUGUUGUUAGCUUCAGUGGAGGAAACGUGAACUUUUCCCGCACACAUUUGGAUGAUUCAAAGAAGUCCUGAGUGACAUGCAGUGCUUCCAGCCGUCACCACUCGUUCAUCAUUCUGUGUCCAUGUAAACGGCCUGAUCGCCUCAUCUGGUCACUGAUGAAAUCAACAACACCCACUGGAUCAUUGGAUGUUGUUAUCACAAGAACACAGACACAAAAAGCAGGGUUGACCUCUGCACAGUGAUGAGACCUGCCGCCUCAGGAUGGAGAGGAACAGGAAGUGCAUCCUCUGUGAAACCGUCUACGGUUCUAAGCAGGAGAUGGACGAGCACAUGAGGAGCAUGCUUCACCACCGCGAGCUGGAGAAGCUGAAGGGCCGGGACUGCGGGCACGAGUGCCGAGUGUGCGGCGUGACGGUGGUGAGCCUGACCGAAUAUGCCAGCCACAUUUCCAGUUCCUGCCACAAACAGAACGUGGACAAGAAUCCUGGGGGGGGCGAGCUCAGCCAGGACUACUUUGACCAGGCCUUGGUGGACCUGAUCCAGAAGAGGAAGGACAAGAUCAGGAAAGAGAACGAAGCUGCAGCAGCAAAGGCGGCAAAAGAGGAAGAGGAGAAACGGAAAAAGGAAGAAUUUCAGCAGAAGCUGCAAGAAGCUAAGGAGCGUUACCGAUUAGCACGUGUUUGGCAGCCGCCACUGCAAGGCCACCGCCACCAGUUCUCCUGGAACCAGAACCAAGCCAGCGCAGAGAGAGCACAAGCAGAUCAAUACACUAAAAAGGGCAAGGGAGCCACCUGGCAUGCCCAAGCACCCCCAAACCUUCAGAAAUGGGGAUCUGGAGACCUUACUUGUGAAGGACGGGGGGGCAGCAGCAAGACAUGGGGUCAUGGUACGUUCCAGAGAAGUCAACAGAACUACCUGCCGUGGCUGAGUAGUGGGGGGAGCAGUCACGGACUUUAUGGCCUCAACAAUAUCAACAAUACCUUUAGGCCCCACCCUCAAAGAAACAAUGGCCCUCCUCCCUUCUUUCAGUUCCCAGCCGGGUGGUUUGGGCAGACACCAAACCAGCCGCAAAACACUGACAAGGCUACCCAGCAACACCCUGGAGCCUGGGGGGCGGGGUCUGAACACAGCAGCAGGUCUAAUUGCAACAACCCAGUGCCAGACAGAGGCUGCCGCUGGUCCCCCUAUCCCGUAACCACCGCCCAUCAAACUGAAGCCCACCCACAUGCUCCGGAGAUCAGCAAAGGCCCCAAAACCAAGCAGGACAAGACAGCAGAAACCGGUGCCUUCAUUCCCAAUAGAUGUGAAAAAACUGGAGGGCAUCUAAGGAAAGUAGAUUCUGCUCCCAGAGAUGAAAGCAGGGUCAGUGGUUUCCAUAGAGAUGCUUCUGUUUCCAACCAGCAGGCAGACGGAAAGAUUUCCUCUGCUGUCAGAGGAGGGGCUCAGCUCAAAAAAGCUGCUGGUCAAGCUCCUUCACUGCCCAACCCCAGAUCCAAGGCCAUCCCAGAAUCCUCCACUGCAGCCACACAGAAAGGGUCACAGAAACCUCUACCAAAACCCUCUACUGCAAGUCCUCAAACAAGGUCACGUAGACCUAUCCCAGAAUCUCCUGCAGCAGCCCAGCAAAUGGGGUCACAGAGACCCAUUUCAGAAUCCUCCACUACGACCUUCCAAACAGCAUCACAGAGACCCAUUUCAGAACCCUCCACUGCAGUCAAGCAGACAGCGUCACAGAGACCCAAUCUAGAAUCUUCAGCUGCAGUCAAGCAAACGGGGUCACGGAGACCCGUUUCAGAAUCCUCCACUACGACCUUCCAGAUGGGGUCUAAGAGACCCGUUUCAGAACCCUCCACUGCAGUCAAGCAGACAGCGUCACAGAGACCCACUGUAGAGUCUUCCACUGCAGUUAAGCAGAUGGGGGCAAAGAGACCCGUUUCAGAAUCCUCCACUACAACCUUACAGAGAGGGUCACAGAGGGCUAUCCCAAAAUCUUCCCCUGAACCCCAGGAAAUGGAGUUACAAAAACAUGUUCCAGAGUCCUCCACUGCAGGUCUGCAGAUGGGGUCACAGAGACCCAUCUUAGAAUCCUCACCUUCACCCCAGCAGAUGGGGUCACAGAGACCCUUCUCAGAAUCCUCCAGUACAAUUUUGCAGAUGGGGUCACGUAGACCCAUUUCAGAAUCCCUCAUUGCAGGCCAGCAGACAGGGUCACAGAGACCCCUCUUAGAAUCCUCCGCUGCACCCCAGCAGAUGGGGUCACAAACACCCGUUCCAGCAUACUCCACUACAACUCAGCAGACGGGGUCAGAAAGACCCAUCUCAGAAUUCUCCACUGCAGCCUGGCAGACUGGGUCACAUAGACCCAUCCUGGACUUCUCCCCUGCGGCCCUGCAGACAGGGUCAAAGAAAAGCUGUGCCAGAGGCAGAGAGGAAACAAACUCAGAGAUACCGGCUCACAUGAAAGAAACACACAAGUUUUGUAGUUCAGCUAAACCAGACACUUCAGACCUAGCUGGGCCCCUGGAGUCUGCAGCGCCCUCUUCAGACAACACCCCCUCCCUGCAGUCCCUGCAGGUCAGCACCUCUGUCUUAGACAGCCCGCGACCUACAGGCUCAGUCAGGGAGGAAGAGGAUGGCGGGAGGGAUGGGGCUGUAGAGUCGGAGCAAAGUUUAAAUCCUGAUGCCUCCAAAAGCUCUGAAGCGGCCUCAAACACACCACAUUCAUCCAAACUGGACCUCCCCCAUGUCUUAAAAUGGGAGCUUAGCAAACACAUCAACUCCAAGAACAAGGCAGGAGGCCAUGAGCCGAACUUGAACAUCGCCAGGCGGGUCCGGAACCUGAGCGGGUCCCGGAAACACGAGGCGGACAGGGACUCUGGACUGAAACCCACCGUGCGCCAGCUCCUUAACAGCUCCGGGUCUCGCCGCUGCGUGAACUGGGAACAGCUCUAUGACACGCUCCGGAAAAAGCAGGACAAGGGGAAAGGCAUGCCCAGGUUUGGGAUAGAGAUGGUUCCAAACGAGCAGGACUGCCCAAGACAGGAGGAAGAAGCCCUGCUGGAGGGUUUUGAUUGGGACUUGGUGACGGACUUUUCUUCUCAGGGACCGACCCGGAAACGCUCCUUAUCAGAGAGCAGCCUUGCACCGUCAUCCUUCUCCCUGUCGGACCCCCAUGCCUCUGAGGAGCCGCUGCGAGGCUCUGAGCAGCUGAGCGCCACCGCUCCACCUCAGCAACAUCCUGCAGCGCACAAGCAGCCGGACACAUUAAUGUCCGCCUCUGUCAAAGUCCUGCAGCGGUCCGAGUCUGUCGGGGGGGACAGCAGCUCUGGCAUGGAGCAGUGUGAUGCCCAGGGGAGCGGCAAAAGGCGCAGAGCAGCCACGGAUGGCCAGAGUGCCGAGGCGUCCUGCUUGGAGCACAACAGCAAAAGAAGGAAGGUCAAAUCCAAAAAAGAGCGUCAGCAGGUCGACCAGCUUCUGUCUGUGUCUCUGCGGGAGGAGGAGCUGAGCCGGUCCCUGCAGACCCUGGAUAGCAACCUGAUCCAAGCCCGCUCUACGCUGGAGGCCGCAUUCAUGGAAGUGCAGCGCCUCACGCUGCUGAAGCAGCAGAUCACUGCAGAGAUGAGCAUGUUGAGGAACACGCGCAUAGACCUGCUGAAAGGCAUGCAGGGCACCAGUGAAGAACUGUCUCCUCUCAAAGUCAAAGAAGAAAAGAGCGACACCCCCCUGGCUGACUCUGCUGCUCCCGUUCUUCAUCCACCUGCAGGGGGUGUGAGCCCUCCGACCCCCAGCCUGCAGACCAUCUCUGUGGUGAUCAAAGCGGAGCCGCAGUCCCCGGUGAUGGUCUCCCAGCAGGACCUAGAGGAUCAGGGGGCUCCCUUCGUUCCGCUUCAAGACACUGCUCCUGCUGCGCGACCGGAGUCCAGCAGUGAGGAUUCUUCAGGCUGCAGGGAUCAGGCUGCCAGCUCUGUUCUCAUCCAGGGCAUCCAUGCGUCCACUAACACCAUUCCCCCUUCCACCAUCAAGCUGUCGCCCAGCAGGAGAGGCUCUGCAGAGGGGGCUGCUGCCGACUGUCCGUCAGCCCUGAACACGCCCCCCCACCCCCCUGAGCUGAAGAGUGGAGCGCGCGUGAGGAAGCUGAAGAAGAGGAAGUCGCUGAAGAAGGGCGCCGCUGGGGCCAAACAACCUGAGAGCAGCGACUCUGAGGGAGACGAAGAGACCUGCAAACCGCGGUGGCUGCGUCUGCGCAGGCGAGCCAGCGCCGGCUCACAGAGCAGCAGCUGCAGCCUGCCUGCAGACGACAGGGAGGGCAGCAGAGCCCUCAAGCUGAUGUUACCCGUCCUCAAGCUCCAGAAAAUCAACGCUAAACUCUACAAACAGCUGUGUCGCACUGCUGAACAGGAAAACCCGGACUCAGUAGAAAACAUGGAGGUCUCUACAGCGUGUCACACCCAGCCUCCCGCUUUACCCCCCCAUCCCAGCAUACUCAGUCCAGAGCCUCAGAGCCUGGCCUGCAGCCAAGUCUCCUCCACCAGUGACAUGGAUCUGUGCAAAUCCUCAGAGAGUGAUUUACCAUUUUCCAUUGUCUACCCCAAGAACUCCUCAGAAGGGUCGUCUGACCACGGAGGGGAUGAAGGGCCCACUGAGGGGGCGUUUGACGGCCACCAGGAGGCGGUAAACAGCCUGGAGAUCCAUGACGGACUGCUUUACACGUGCUCGGGCGAUCGGACCGUCAGAGUGUUCGACCUGGUGAGCCGUCAGUGUGUAGCAGUGAUGGAAGGCCACGCCUCCAAAGUCACCUGCCUGGUGGUGUCGGCCGCUCCGUCCCUCCCUCGCCGUCUGUACUCUGGCUCCAGCGACCAGACCAUCCGCUGCUACAGUCUGAAGACGCGAGAGCUGGAGCAGCAGUUUGUCCUGUCAGACAGAGUCCUCUGCCUCCACCGCCGCUGGAAGAUGCUGUACGCCGGUCUGGCCAACGGCAGCGUGGUGACUUUUAACCUGAAGACGAACACACAGAUGGAUGUGUGGGACUGCCACGGACCGCGAGGCGUGAGCUGCCUGGCCACGUCACAGGAGGGGGCGUGCAGACUCCUGCUGGUGGGCUCCUACGACAGCACCAUCAGCGUGAGGGACGCCGGGAGUGGGCUGCUGUUCCGCACGCUGCUCGGCCACGCCAAGAGCGUGCUCUGCAUGCAGGUGGUGAGGGAUCUGGUCUUCAGUGGAUCCAGUGACCACUGCGUGCGCGCUCACAGCAUCCACACGGGGCAGCUGCUGCAGGUCUACCGCGGCCACAGCCACGCCGUCACGGUGGUCUCCAUCCUCGGGGGGGUGAUGGUCACCGCCUGCCUGGACAAACUGGUGCGGGUCUUCGACCUGCAGUCUCAGGAGCAGCGGCAGGUCUAUGGGGGCCACCGGGACAUGGUGCUGUGCAUGAACGUCUACAAGAACAUGAUCUACACCGGCUGCUACGAUGGCAGCGUGCACGCCGUCCGUCUGAACCUGUCGCACAGCUACACCUGCAGGUGGCAGGGUUGUGCGCUGGCGUUCGGGGUGAUGGAGCACCUGCAGCAGCACCUGAUCUCCGUGCACGCCAGAGCCGGCGGCGGCGUCCAGACCGUCCGCUGCCGCUGGAAUGACUGCGAGGACGUUGUGUGCGUCCGCAGCUCUACACAGACGCUGCUGCUGCACAUGCACAAACACGCAGAGGAGGGCAUGGACGUGCAGCCUUAGGGGCCGGCGGUGGGAGUGUCCUUCCUCCCUGAGCUCCUCCUCCUCUUCGACAAGCUACUCCUCCCCAUAUUGGGGGGUUCAUUCUUGGGACCCACUUGACUCGACAGCGCUUCCACCGUGCCUGAUGGGUGUUAAUCCAACCUUAAAACUGUGACAGGAGGGGGGGUCAGGAAACGGCCCCCCUUUGAAUCUACUUGUCCUGUUAUUGACCAAAGACAGUUUGAUGAAGAAACUCUGGAGUUGCAGGUUUGAGAGAAGCUGCAGCUUUUGUGUCAAGUUUGAGUUUUUUUAGUUCAUUAAAAUGCUUUUCCUAACUUUUCGCCGCAAGCGCGUUUUCAUGCGUUUUCUUUUUAUUGUUUUUAUCUCUUCACCUCGAGCACCCGCUUUUCCCGUUUAGUCCGAGAUGACUGAGAAGUUUGAUGAUAGCGAGGUUUUGGCGCCGCGUUUGAAGGAGUUUUACUGAAAGUUAGACGUCACGGUUUGGGGAUGAACGGCUGGACUCUGAGUCUUCUGCUCAUUCAGGCGUGAGGAAAUGUUUGGUCCCGUCUGAGCGCUUCCUUUGUCGCGGGAACUGCUCAGGUCGGGGAGGGGAGGGGCCUAUUUUUGUUGACGUUUCAGUCUGUGCAUUUCUCCUCUGAGAUGGUUUCAUGAAGACGCUUUACUAAAGGUUGUAGUGUUGUGACUCAUUAAUGUGGUAUUAGUUUUCUACUGCUGAUGGUUUUCUAAUAGCGUGUGUGUUUGGUUGAUGUUUAGAGGAAGAAGUUGAACUUUAUUCAAUGAAAUGGAGAUUAUAUUUUGAAGGCAGGUGUUACGUUUGUUUCUUGGUCAUCUUUUUUGUUUUUUUUGGCGGGGUGGGUCGCUGUGUUUCUGCUAAAAGUGUGCAGUUCUCUUCUGACCAGCAUUCCCGAGUUUCUUCAAAAGUGACAUUUGUUUCUGGAUCUGUUUUUUUAAAGAGCAUUUUAAGAAGCUGUUCUGAAUAAACAUGUUGGCAGCGUU